UCACACACCAUCUCCCUCCCUAAUUACCUCUAUUACAUACCUCGGUCUGUCUAUAUAGGAAACCACUCAGACCCAGGGAAGAAGGCAAGGGCAGUGUCAGCCACUCCAUCACAACCCAACAGAGCACCUUAUCUCUUCUUGCUGGACACACACACACACACACAGGCACACACACACACACACCCAAACAAACAAACAAGACAAAACCCACAGAGCAACAGACUCACACGUCUUUUUAAUCUCUUGGCUUCCUUGGAAGAUUUUUGCUGGCUGUUUUUCAUGGAGAAAGUCCAAGGAGAAAUGGAGAUUGAGAGAUGGGAAAGAAACGAAGAACUGUCAGAUGCCGAAAGGAAGAUGAUCCAAGAGACCUGGAACAGAGUCUAUGUGAACUGCGAAGAUGUUGGGGUCUCCAUUCUGAUCAGAUUUUUUGUCAACUUCCCAUCUGCCAAGCAGUACUUCAGCCAAUUCAAGCACAUGGAAGAUCCAUUAGAGAUGGAAAGGAGCCUGCAGCUGCGUAAACAUGCCAGGAGGGUCAUGGGGGCUAUUAAUAGUGUGGUGGAGAACAUAUACGAUUCGGAAAAGGUCUCCUCUGUGCUAGCUCUGGUGGGCAAGGCACAUGCUGUCAAGCACAAAGUUGACCCUGUCUACUUUAAGAUUCUGACUGGCGUCCUGCUGGAAGUGCUUACAGAGCAAUACACCAAUGAGUUCAGUGUUCCAGAGGUUCAGAGAGCCUGGGCCAAGAUGAGGAGCCUCAUCUAUACUCAUGUGACGGCUGCAUACAAGGAGGAACCCCCAGGUGACAACGGUGGCAGCAGCAGCUGGAGCAGCAGCAAAGUGGCAGAACCCCUCCCACAGACCUGAAAUGCUGUCUCUCAGAAGACUAAACUGGCACCGGAAUAGGAUAGCACCCAAGAGAACUACAUCUGUCUCCUUUAAUUAUCCCGUGUACAUAUUAGUCAGUGGAAAUGCUUUAUAAUUUCUAUAGCUAAAGCCGGCUAAGCUAUAGAAAAACCAGGUGUCCAUAAACACUCUCCCUGAAGUUAGCCAGGCAAAUUAAAAUAAUGUACACUGUGAUGGGGGGGGAGGGAAUGUAUUGAAUUUCCCCAGAGGGAAAAAAUAUAUUAUAUAGAUCAUGACUGUUAUGAUUCACCCACAUUGAUAACUCUGGAGACUUACCAUUUUUGUCUGUCUUGAAGAGGACUUUUCAUCAAAUGGCACUGAAUUGAUACGUUUCCAUCUUUUGUAGUAAGGUGAGAAUGUACAAGUUCCAGUAUUUGAAUUCUGCAAGUACUUUUGUGCCCGUAUAUCACUGAUAAGUCCAUGUCCUUGCUUUCCCUCACUCCCCAAAAAACAAAACACUAUUGAUGUGUGCAUAAGUGCUUGCAGGAUCUCAUAUCCGCAUGAUACAUUCAGACCAUGUCCUUAAAAGGACAUUUGAUCUCAAUACAUUUAGUCUAGAUUUCAAAAUAUGCACCGUGGGACGAGGCUUAGUCUUGUCUUGUCAUUUUACGCUUUUCUCUACUGCUAAUUCCUCUGGACUGGAGUUUCUCUGGAAUAAUAUGAAUUGUGUUUGCAGUCCUCACUGUUUUGUUCUUAGUUUUGUAUUCCAUUACAAUGUUUCUUUCCCCUGUUACAAAACUAACUUUAGAAGUCUUGAGAUUGUAGAAGAUUUAGCCAAAGCUUGAAUACCUAAAGCACCUGAAACCAAAAAAAAUAUGAUGUAUUAAAAGAACAAAUCAAUAUAUUAAUUUCUAGCUGUUUCCUGAUGCUUAAGAUAUUCUCUGUGUGAGUUGAGUUGAAUCAGUUCAUGCAGUCCUAUAUAUGUUGGCUUUCUGAGGUCUUAUUGGGCUAUUUACAAUAAGUGGAUGUGGGAGUACAUUCUUUGUUAUUACUGUGGAGUUGGUAAUACUGCCCAGAUAGGUUUGAGGUAACGAUCGUUUUUUUAAUCACUUUCCUUCCAAUUCCCAUUAUUAUAUUCUAAAGGAUUUCUGCUAGGAUUUUUGUGUUCCUAUGACCACCAAUCAACUCCAGCAAGUAGCACUGCCACCUAAAUAGAAGGGGAAAAUCUGAGCUGUUAGCUGACUUGGCUGUUCAAUAGAGAACAAAUCUGCAAAAAUCAGAAGGGAAUCCUUCAUGACAUGGAAAUAAGGAAUCAGCCAAUCUGCCAUUAAAGAUGCACGAAUCUAGACUGGUUACACAAUUUGACAGUUCUAAUGUUUAUAUAUAUACAUUUUUUCCUGCUAAAAGUCACACCAUGGACACUACUACUACUACUACUAGAUUUCACCACCACCAUUCUUCAAAAAUAUGACCUAAAUUAUGACAGUUAUUACAGUAAAACCAUGAUCCCAUGUCACAAUCUAAAAGUAUUUUGAAAUUAAUUUUCAAAGUAGGAUGACAUUUUUGAAAGGAAAAUACGUAUACAUUAAUUUAUCCUUGAAGCAAUACUUCCAUCCUUAAAGAUUUGCAGCUAUAUAUUGUUUCAAUCCAUAACAAUUUCUCCCCCCCUCUAAUUCUUUCUCUCAUUCUCUCUCAAACACACACACACACACACACACACACACACACACACACAGACACGAUGGUGGGAAAAUCUUUACUGUUAUAUUGCAUACACACUAAAUUACUUUAGUCAAAACUUUGUGUUUAUGUGUUUGUGUGUGUGUGUAUAUAUAUAUAUACACACACACACACACAAACACAUACACACACACAAACACAGACAAUUUUGAGUAAAGUAAUUUUAUUAUAAAUGAAAAGGGGACAGCCGUGCAAGAAUGCAAAAGAAAAGCAAAAAAACCACCGCAUAACCUUGCCUAUAGCAAGCUGGUGAUGGAAAUGUAAAACGAGCUGAAAAACUCAAGAGCUUGUGCAGGUCAAAGGCAAAGUAAGAGUAGAAUAGCCUUGGCCAGCCAGGGCCCUACCAAUGUGCUGGGUUACAAUUCCCCUUGGCUAUGCUGGCAGAGGUGAUCAGAGUUGUUGUUUAGCACAGCUGGAGGGAACCUGUAUGUGACAAUACUUAUAGCUCUUUACUGACUCUCAUUCAGUUCAUUCCCAAUUCUUCCAAACUUUGAAUUGUCGGCUCAUUGGGAGCAAAAAGCUGUUUGUUAUGGGGAUUAUCUGUUAAACAGCCAUGCACAAGAAUACGGCACUGUAUAAAAUAAUAAAUAUUAAUACAUAUAAUUUAAUAGUGUAUUUUAUAAAAUGGGCUUCUGGUGCUAUGAUUUGUGAACGUUUUCCUCCUUAUCGUACUAAAUCCUCUUGUUUAUUACCCAACGUACUGGCUGAAUCCUGUUGUAAUUUUCCUCUGUAUUAUUUGUAUGACUUCUGUAUGCUGCCAAUAUAUUGUCUUGUGAUUUUGUUUAAUCUUUAUACAUCGGUUCCUUGUUA